GUGUGCGUGUGUGUGUGUGUGAACGGGUGUGAGUGAGUGAGGGUGUGUGUGCAUUGUGACUGUGUGUGUGCGUGUCCAGAUGAGUGUACGAGUGCGCGCGGGAGUGCGUGUGUUGUGUAUGUGAGUGAGUGUUGUUGGUUACUAUUUUUUAGAAGAAAAACCUUGAAAAUCUGGGGCAGGUUACUGUGCUCCUAGGGUGGUGGUUCUUUUUUUGCAAGAGGAGCUGACCAGACCUAGCUACUAGAGACAUUUUUCGGCAAGUAAAGAAAAUUUUCCUUCCUGAAGGAGAGGGAUUUUUCCCUUGGCUCUGCAGACAAGUAAAAGAGAUUAGCCCCUAAACCUGUGAAAUCGACCAGAGCCGUGUGAUUACCAGGGCUUGAGAGAGAAUACGGGAAGAAAAGGAGAAAUAAAUUAGCUUGUCAGUGCCUUUGGCCACGUUGGAAGAUGUCAUCUCAAACUAAGUUCAAGAAAGACAAAGAGAUCAUUGCUGAAUAUGAAGCCCAAAUAAAAGAGAUCCGCACACAGCUGGUGGAGCAGUUCAAAUGCUUGGAGCAGCAAUCCGAGUCUCGGCUGCAGCUGCUGCAGGACCUCCAGGAGUUCUUCCGCCGGAAAGCUGAGAUUGAGCUUGAGUACUCUCGCAGCCUGGAGAAGCUGGCCGAGCGGUUCUCCUCCAAGAUCCGCAGCUCCCGGGAGCACCAGUUCAAGAAGGACCAGUACCUCCUCUCGCCUGUGAACUGCUGGUAUCUGGUUCUGCAUCAGACCAGGCGGGAGAGUCGAGACCACGCCACUCUCAAUGACAUCUUCAUGAACAAUGUCAUCGUCCGCCUCUCACAGAUCAGUGAGGAUGUCAUCAGACUCUUCAAAAAGAGCAAGGAGAUUGGCCUGCAGAUGCACGAGGAGCUCCUGAAGGUCACCAAUGAGCUCUAUACAGUCAUGAAGACCUACCACAUGUACCAUGCAGAGAGCAUCAGUGCGGAGAGCAAGCUGAAGGAGGCUGAGAAACAGGAGGAGAAGCAGUUCAACAAGGCGGGAGAGCUCAGCAUGAACCUGCUACGUCAUGAGGACCGGCCCCAGCGCCGCAGCUCUGUGAAGAAAAUUGAGAAGAUGAAGGAGAAGAGGCAGGCAAAGUAUUCUGAGAACAAGCUGAAGUGCACGAAGGCCCGAAAUGACUAUUUGCUGAAUCUGGCUGCCACCAACGCAGCUAUAAGCAAAUACUACAUCCACGAUGUCUCCGACCUAAUCGACUGCUGUGAUUUGGGCUUUCAUGCCAGCCUGGCCCGCACCUUCCGGACCUACCUCUCCGCUGAGUACAACCUGGAGACCUCUCGCCACGAGGGGCUGGAUGUCAUCGAGAACGCAGUGGACAACCUGGAUUCCCGAAGCGACAAGCACACCGUCAUGGACAUGUACAACCAAGUCUUCUGCCCUCCACUCAAAUUUGAGUUCCAGCCACACAUGGGGGAUGAGGUGUGUCAAGUCAGUGCUCAGCAGCCUGUCCAGACAGAAUUACUCAUGCGGUACCACCAGCUGCAGUCCAGACUGGCCACUCUCAAGAUAGAGAAUGAGGAGGUGAGAAAAACCCUGGAUGCCACCAUGCAGACCUUACAGGACAUGCUGACUGUGGAGGACUUUGAUGUCUCUGACGCCUUCCAACAUAGUCGGUCCACAGAGUCUGUAAAGUCAGCUGCCUCUGAGACCUACAUGAGCAAGAUCAACAUUGCCAAAAGGAGAGCCAACCAGCAGGAAACAGAAAUGUUUUAUUUUACAAAAUUUAAAGAAUAUGUGAACGGCAGUAACCUCAUCACUAAGCUGCAGGCCAAGCACGACUUACUCAAGCAGACCCUGGGUGAAGGGGAGAGAGCAGAAUGUGGCACAACCAGCAGAAGAGAUGGAAGGCUUAGGCUGCCCCACUUUCCUUGGCUGAGCUGCCCCCCUGCUCCCCACUUUGUGCCCCACCCAGCAUUUCAAGGAAGAAGAAAUGCUCGAACCAGGAACCAGGAUUCGGGACAAGCUAUACCACUUGUAGUUGAGAGCUGCAUCCGAUACAUCAAUUUAUACGGACUCCAGCAGCAAGGGAUCUUCAGAGUGCCAGGAUCUCAGGUUGAAGUCAAUGACAUCAAAAAUUCCUUUGAGAGAGGUGAAGACCCCCUUGUGGAUGAUCAAAAUGAAAGAGAUAUCAAUUCAGUCGCUGGUGUUUUAAAACUGUAUUUCCGAGGACUGGAAAACCCACUCUUUCCUAAGGAAAGGUUUCAAGAUUUGAUAUCUACUAUUAAACUGGAGAGCCCAGCUGAGAGGGUGCACCAGAUCCAACAAAUCCUCAUCACCCUUCCCCGCGUGGUCAUCGUGGUCAUGAGAUAUCUCUUCGCUUUCCUCAACCACCUCUCGCAGUAUAGUGAUGAGAACAUGAUGGAUCCCUACAACCUGGCCAUCUGCUUCGGGCCCACCCUCAUGCACAUUCCUGAUGGGCAGGACCCUGUGUCCUGCCAGGCACACGUCAACGAAGUCAUCAAAACCAUCAUCAUCCAUCAUGAAGCCAUCUUCCCCAGCCCCCGGGAGCUAGAGGGACCUGUGUAUGAAAAAUGCAUGGCUGGAGGGGAAGAAUAUUGUGACAGCCCGCACAGCGAGCCAGGGACCAUUGAUGAAGUUGACCAUGACAAUGGCACUGAACCUCACACCAGUGAUGAAGAAGUGGAACAGAUUGAGGCCAUCGCCAAGUUUGACUACGUGGGGCGGUCCCCACGUGAGCUGUCCUUCAAGAAGGGGGCCUCACUGCUAUUAUACCACCGUGCCUCAGAGGACUGGUGGGAGGGCCGUCACAACGGCGUGGAUGGACUGAUCCCACAUCAGUACAUAGUCGUACAGGACAUGGAUGAUGCCUUCUCCGACAGCCUGAGCCAAAAGGCGGACAGUGAGGCCAGCAGUGGGCCGCUGCUGGACGACAAGGCCUCCUCCAAAAACGACCUCCAGUCCCCCACGGAGCACAUCUCGGAUUACGGCUUUGGGGGGGUGAUGGGCCGAGUGCGGUUACGAUCUGAUGGAGCGGCCAUCCCCAGGCGCCGAAGCGGGGGCGACACACACAGCCCACCCCGGGGCCUGGGCCCCAGCAUAGACACGCCGCCCCGGGCCGCCGCCUGCCCCAGCAGCCCCCACAAAAUCCCCCUCACCCGGGGCAGGAUCGAGAGCCCCGAGAAGCGGAGGAUGGCGACGUUCGGGAGCGCCGGCAGCAUCAACUACCCUGACAAGAAGGCGCUCUCCGAAGGGCACUCGAUGAGGUCGACGUGCGGCUCCACCAGGCACAGCAGCCUGGGGGACCACAAGUCCCUGGAGGCCGAGGCCCUGGCAGAAGACAUCGAGAAGACCAUGAGCACGGCUCUGCACGAGCUGCGGGAACUCGAGAGGCAGAACACAGUCAAGCAGGCGCCAGAUGUGGUGCUGGACACCCUGGAGCCCCUGAAGAACCCGCCAGGCCCCAUCAGCUCAGAGCCCGCCAGCCCCCUGCACACCAUCGUCAUCCGUGACCCUGAUGCCGCCAUGCGCCGCAGCAGCAGCUCCUCCACUGAGAUGAUGACCACCUUCAAGCCAGCCCUGUCCGCCCGUCUGGCUGGAGCCCAGCUACGCCCACCCCCCAUGAGGCCUGUGCGGCCGGUGGUCCAGCAUCGGUCCAGCAGCAGCAGCAGCUCAGGUGUGGGCAGCCCGGCCGUGACGCCCACCGAGAAGAUGUUCCCCAACAGCUCAGCAGACAAGUCAGGCACCAUGUGACCAACAAGAUCGGGUGGCACUGCCCUGGCUCACUGUGGCACACCAUGGCCGAGGGUGGCCUCUGUGACUUCCGCAUCCUUCCCAGUGCUCCUGGCCUUGUCCGGCAGAGACCAGAAGGUCAGCCUGAAAGAACGUCUAUGCAGAGCUGAGACCCUGGCGCCAGCCGCAACCGGCAUCCAGUCCUCGCGGGUGUAAGCAGAGGCCCAGAGGAGAGCAGGAGCAGGAGCAGCCCCAACUGGAGCGUUUCCUAAGAUUGUGGCAAAAUGUUAAAUGGCUUCGCCUGCAUAAUCGUCACUGGAAAAUUAUUCUCUCGACAUUCUCUCUGCAUACAUAAGUAUAUGUGUGUGUAUAUAUGUGUGUACGUAUAUACACAUAUAUAUGUCUGUAGGUGUGUGUAUAUAUAUAUAUAUUUAUGCAUCUAUAUACAUAUAGUAGAUUUGGACACACAUACUAAAUGUAUAUAGAAUCUCCUUUUUUCUUUUUAUGAAACUUAGAUUUACCUCAGACCCAUGCCACCAAACAUCUCCCGCUGUUAUUUGGUGGGAUUUGCAGGGACUUUUCUGGGAGAAUUUAGAGGCCCACAGUAACUGCGAAUGAAGCAAUAUACCACUAACCUGCAGAAAAACAAAAACAGUCUCCCAUUGUCUCCAGAAGUCGUGGCCUUCCAAAACAGUCUGCCCCUAAAUGAAGGGUGGGGCAGGCAGUACCCCGAACAGGCUGCUCCUAGAGGUGGGGAACCCCUCACAGAACCCCCCUGUCCAGCCCAGAGACCCUGCCUUUCCACCUGAAGGCCAAGGGCCAACUAUACCCCUGAAGGCACGGGAGGACUUUGGCAAGAAGACCUCCUGACCACAGCAUCCUGGUGAUUGUGUGUAGAAGAGGGGAUAGUGAGAAUCUAAGCCCCAUGGUAGCACAGUAUUAUGUGUGGUUGGGAAAAAGGGAAAAAUCAAUAAAACCACAGUGGUAUGGAACACUUCAAAACCUAGAAAUGCUGUAGGAAUAAUUCUGGUAACUAUAGAGUUUUAACUUAUACAAUUUUCAAAAUAUUUAAUUUUUUCUUUUCCUCUUUCUACUAAUUAUACUGUGUCAGAUUUGGAACUAAACAGGCAAAGAGGCUUUGAGUCAGUCACAUCGUUUUAAUUUAAAAUCAGGCCAUGACGCACUUUGGCUAGUGCCCUCUUGCACGAAGUGCAUGAACCAUAAGUGCCCAGCUCAGACCAGGGGCCGAGGAGGGGCGAUCCUUGGCACUUUCUGUCCUAGACAAUGCUUCAGUUGAGUUGAUGCAAGUGAAAUAGCUUCCCUCUCUCCCCCUUCCCUUCCCUUUCACCCACCUCCAGAGCAUUUAACAUAAUUGAAAAUAUGGUGAAAGAAUUGUGGUGUGUGAUUGUUAAGUAUGAUCAGCAAGGUUUUCAACUCUUGGCUGGGAAAAGGCCUCUGGAUCAGCCUCAUUUGAUUCUAUUUUACUGCCUUUUCAGAUCUCUUGGUUUUCCAGCAAUGGCUGUUCCUGGAUAAUGGAACACAGGUGAAUCAGAUUCUAACGGGACCACUUUUAUUCACCACCCUCAUGCCAAGCCAAGGGUGUCCUCCCUAUUGUUCUCAAGCUUCAUCUCUCAUUCACAAGGCCUUUGAAUGUGUCCCUGGCUGUGGUUUAGAGUCAGAAGUCAUGUGUUUGAGUCCCAGCCCCAGCCACUUGGGAUCUGUGGGACUCUGGGCAUGUCUCUGCACCUCAUUGAGCCUCAGUUUCCUGCUCCAUAAAAUGAAGAUAAGAUAAAAUGUGAGCAAGCUGUUUAAACUAGAAAGCACUGUGCCAACAUGAUUAUUCUUUUUAUUAUCAUUAGUAAGGUAAGGCUUUUAGCUCAAAACCCACCCAAGACCUUCCCUUUGAAACCCUCUAAUAGAAUUUGAGAAGUAGGCAGUAGAAAUUCCCUACCAGCUUCAUAAGACCCCCAAAGCAUGGCCCUACAGAUAUAUCACCAACUGAUGCUUGAAAUUCCAUCAUUACCAUUCCACCCCAUUGGCUGAAUUUUGCCUUGUCCUCUAGUCCUCCAUAAAAAGGUGUCUACACCCCAGAGGGAGGGACCUGUUGAGUCACUAGGACCUAGGUGUGUGGGAGUGGUAAGCCGUUCUGCCUCACCUGAGGAUUGAGAGCACCCAGUGAGAGGAAGAAUCAAGAAAGUGUGCAAAAAAGAGAAUGUCAGGGAGAGGCCAAUGACAAACUUGACCCUUCCUCAUUUUGCCUGGAACCAACCCUUCUCUUCUAGCUCCUGGAAAUGAAAGCACCUCAGAACCAGCUAAAAGCCCUCUGCCUUUGUGAGCAGUAUGAAGAUACCCCCAUUUUUGCAGCUUAGGAAAGAAAGCAAGGCCUUGGGAUAUGCUGGGACUUGCCUAAGAUUCAAUAAAUGUCUGAGAGUGGGGGCUGUGUCAGGCUUGUUAAGUCACUUAUUUGCAAGGAUGCUAUGCUGUCCAGCAGGAGACAAGACAUCCUAUUUCUACCCCCCAGAUAUUCCCAGGCCUUAAAUGUAAGUAGCCUCCUGAGCAAAAUGUCACAUUCUCUGCCAAGACUCCCGGAUGAAAAGAGAAAAUUUGAGUUGACAGAUCUGUUGCCUGAUAUACAUAACACAAGUUAGACCACGUGGCUUUUCCUCUGAAUUGACUAACUUAAUUUUCUUUCCUGAAAGUGGACCUGCCUUUUACUGAAUUACCUAAAGGCAGAGCUGUAGCUGUUUUCUUUAAGCACCUGUUUUUCCAUUGGGAAAAGGCUGAUGAGUUCACAUUUAGAGAAGCUCACACCUCACUCAUGCAGCCCCAGAUCUGAGCCUUGAUGCAGAACCAAAUGGAAAAAUACUUUCCCGCCCCACCCCUGCUCCCUCAGCCGGCGCUCUGCACGUCUCAGCCCUCCCGCAGGCCCCAGGCCCUCCCACGGUCGCUGAGCAUUGGCUCUCCUCCUGAUUCCUGCCUGUGUUAGUCCACUAUAUAUUGCUGUAUUUGCUUAAAUGCUGGAAAGUAACUGUUCAAAUGUGAAAUUGUAAUAUUUAAAAAGGUGACAAUUAAAUUAUAGCCAAUGCCACUCACCAAAUCUUUGCACCUAGUAGAUAGUUCAAUGUAAACAAAUACCAGAAACCUAACUGUACAGUGAGUGUGGGGGAAACGUAGUAACCUAGUUAGUAGUCCUCAAUAUAACCAAUUGUACAAGGGGAAGUGGUGUUUACCUACUUGUUCAUCACCAUUACUGGAAGCUGUACUGAUCAGUUUGUCGAUAACGGGCUUUCUCUCUCUCUCUUUUUUUUUUUUUUUUGCUUCACAGAAUUUCUUUUCAUAACCUUCAACUUACUCUGAAGUCAAGCCUUUUGUCUUUAUGUGUAACCAAUGUUCAGUCUCUUUUAGGAAUGAACCAGCAAGACGUUCAUUUAAAACUGACCAAAGACAAUUCCUUCCUGGUCUAGUUUCCUGGGCCUCAGGGCCCAGCCACCGCUAAAGACCUUCCUCAGAUAAAAUUGAGAACAAGCCGUGCUUCCUACUCCACUCUCCUUCUCUCCCUUUAUUCCCUUUUCCUCUUAAAGAGCUGCUCUGAGCUGUGGGAUUCUAUGAAAAAUUCUUGCCUUUCCUUGUUUUCAGUGCUAACGAUUAAUCACCUUGAAGCGCCUUUGAACCCGGACAGAGCGCACAAUUGGGAGGGACUCGUAAGCUUGGGCAUUAUACUUGGGAGUCUGUCUUCUGAGGUCACCAGGCCAAUGGGCAAGAGAGAAGUGGAUUCCCAAGGGAUAAACAGUUUCUAUCACAUGAAGAAAUUCUAGUGGGAAGAGACACAGGGAAAUGGAGCCAUCUUUUGGCCACCAGCUGGAACCAGCAGUUCAGAGAUCUGCCUUAUAAACCCUACAGAACUGGUUUGUGGUACAGAGGGGGCCAUUGUGGGGAAGGGCCUUGGCAUGGGGCUGGCUUCUCUGUUAGAGGCCCUUAGAGUGCCUUGUUGCUUAUAUUUCUUUCUCAUUCAGGAGGCACAAAUGCAGAGGGCUUCCUGUGACCUGGUCGUUAACUCGGCACUCAGUGCCCGCACGGCUGAUGGAAAACCACAAAGACUAAUGUAAUUGUUCUUCCUCUCAGUCUUUCUAUUCCUAACUUUUCACACAUCCAGAUGGUUCCACACUAGAGCAAAUGCCUCAUUCUCCUGAGAAACCCAGAAAGAAGAAUGGCUGGCUCACAACCAUGGAAGGGGCCCUAUUUGGCUUGAGGAUGGCUUGGAGGAACAGGCAGGAAGGGGUGAACCGAGGUGUUGCUUAGCCGAUUUUCUGCUAUGCAGAGCUAAUGCUGACGUUUCAUGUCAACUUCCCCGGUUCUCUGGGGUCUCCUCUCUCCUGAGCAGCCAUGUAGAGAAUUCCCCCACAUAUCCAAAGCUGCCCAGGGGAGCUGAGAGAAGGGACUUAGCUGUCAGGUCCGAGUGCUCCUGGCCUCUCUGAGGUUAAUCUGCCAGUGUCCUGCUGUCCCAUCCUCUGGGACUGGCCAAAUGGCCAACACUGCCCCUUGCUGACACCUCCUUUCUGUGUGAACUGUCCCAAGCAAAUAACAAAGCUGUUUCUUGAACCAGAACAACCAGAGCGCACUUUGCCUUCCUUAGAUGGGAGAUUCUGCUAGAGCAUCUGCUCAGGCUCUAGUUCCCGGCAGUGUGACUGUUUACAUGGUUUGGCAAUAGGUUUGGUUCUGAUUGCUUCAGAGUGGCUGGUCUAUUUUUGUUUCCUUUGGUUUCCUUCCUUCCCAAACUGUGUCAGGAAAACAAAACAAAACAAACAAAAAAAACAAAACCACCCUUGGAAAUUGCUGGUUGCCUGUCCCCACGUGAUGAAAAGUGCUGCCCUCUUCCGGAUAUCGUUUCUCUACCUUACAACCAAACGCCCGUCCUAUAGAGUGUCUGAUUGGAUCCUCUGUCGCAUAUUCUGAUGGUGCCUGCUGGUUUGAUGUGGAGCUAUCCUGUGAAAUAAAACAGCUUAACUUUUCUCAAACAU